AGUUCGACAGCCACAGUCUCCGGUGGUGACGGUAGCGCACAGGCGGGCAGCAUCUCUGUGCGCGCAGAGGAGGAGAAGCGGCCACCAUGCUGUUCCCCUCGGAGAGCUCCUGCAACCUCACGGGCACAAACUGCAGUGAGAGCUUCAACUUAACGCAGCAGCUGGAGCCCGGUGCCGCCGCGGCCGCUGGGAACAGCAGCGGGAAGAGAAACGGCACCGACCCGUUCGGACGGAACGAGGAGGUGGCCAAGCUCGAGAUCACCGUCCUGAGCCUCGCGUUCCUCGCGGCGGUGGUGGGGAACGUGAGCGUGCUGCUGUCCAUGUACAAAACCCGGCGGAAACCGUCGCGCAUGCACCUGUUCAUGAAGCACCUGAGCUUGGCCGACCUGGUGGUGGCCUUCUUCCAGGUGCUGCCGCAGCUCUGCUGGGAGAUCACCUUCCGGUUCUACGGCCCGGACUUUCUGUGCCGCAUCGUGAAGUACCUGCAGGUGCUGGGCAUGUUCGCCUCCACCUACAUGAUGGUGAUGAUGACCCUGGACCGCUACAUCGCCAUCUGCCACCCGCUGCAGACGCUCCAGCAGCCAACGCAGCGCGCGCACAUCAUGAUCGGCUCCACCUGGGCGUGCAGCCUCGUGCUCAGCACCCCGCAGUACUUCAUCUUCUCCCUGAGCGAGGUGCACCCCGGCUCGGCCGUGUACGACUGCUGGGGACACUUCAUGGAGCCGUGGGGGCUGCGCGCGUACAUCACCUGGAUGACGGCAGGGAUCUUCCUCGUGCCCGUGGCUGUGCUCGUGUUCUGCUACGGGCUCAUCUGCCGCACAAUCUGGAUGAACCUCAAAUACAAGACGCAGAGGAAGAGCUCGGGCGCAGAGGGCAACAAGAAGGAGAUCCUGGGCCGGAGCUCGGUCAGCAGCGUCAGCACCAUCUCCCGCGCCAAAUUACGCACGGUGAAGAUGACUUUCGUGAUCGUGCUGGCGUACGUGGUGUGCUGGGCGCCUUUCUUCACCGUGCAGAUGUGGUCAGUGUGGGACAAGAGCUUCUCCUGGGAAGACUCUGACAACACCACGGUGACGCUCUCCGCCCUGCUGGCCAGCCUCAACAGCUGCUGCAACCCCUGGAUCUACAUGAUCUUCAGCGGUCACCUCCUCUCGGACUUCGCCAGCAGCCUGCCGUGCUGCUGCCCGCUGACGAAGAGGUUGGGCCACCAGGAUUCGGACAGCAGCAUCCGCCGGACCACGCUGCAGUCCCGCCUGCAGAGCUCGCGCCUCUCAGAGCCGUUCAGAGAACUCAACCCACCCCCGAAGAACUGCCCGCAGGUGGCGUCUAUAUCCUGACCGCUGGAAACACUGCGUGUGUUUGAUUUGCUGAGACGACACAGAAAACAUGAAGCGCUCUCAAUCUGCUGGUUUGUGGCAGCAAGGAUCUCAUCUGAGGGUGCGCUUGUUUUCUCUGGUCCGACCCGGAGACGUGAAGUUUACUCCGUUUCAAAUUCAUUGGUGUUUGUUUGUUUAGCUGCACUCAGCGGUUUCAAUAAGGUCGGCGUUUAUCUCACAGCUGUUAGCAUGUUGUAACUUGUUUAGGAUUUGAGCAUCUGUCCACACCGAGAUUCAUUUAGUGAUGCAUGACGAAGCUGGCUCUCGCACGUCAACAUACACGAAGCCUGCUGCUGCCGGGCUGUUAGCGUUAGAGAUAACCGUCCGUGAGUAAAGUAGUAAAAACAAAGCUCCUCCCACAUUACCAGCGUACUCUGAAGAUGGUUCCAGCGUGACGACUGGUCUGUGCGUUGCUGCAGGGAUCAAGUAUUUUUGAAGGCCAACCCCGAAGUUAGCAUCGCCCGCGUUUCCUCGCCAUAAAGAGUUUUGCAGAAAAUAAACCUUAUUGACACUUCCAUGUUUCUUUCAGUGAGAUCAUCUUCACACAUGAACACCGUUUCUAUGAAGCCUAAAUACAAAUCACCAGAAGUAGAACGCUAACGUUCGGCUAUGAACGAACCUACGCCACGGUCUCAUGACUUCCAAUCGCAUCUUUUAAGACACGUAAAAGCUUCAAAAUGUGUCGUAUUUACUGUCGUAGAACAAAACGUGAGACUCUCUGACCGUAUUUCAGUCAUGGAACCAAACGCCCUUUAAGUUGGAGAGGAGGAACCGUCAGUGACGUACCUGUGACUCCUUCCUGCCGCUCUGUUGUGUGUGAAGAGUCUCAAGGGUCUGUUCUCAAAGACUUUUAAACAUGUUGGAUAUUCGCUUUUACCAUCAUAUGUCAGACUAUUCAAAUAUAUUUCUUUACAUUUGCAGCGUUAAACACAUAAAUGUAUUACAGCAGUCACAAAAAGAUACUUGGGCUGCAACUAAUGACGACUGCCAGUUAUUCUUUUUAUUGUUAUUGCUUAAACGUGUAUAAAAUGAAAGAAAGUGGGGUUUUCCAAACAUCAAAUAUUUAUGUUUGACCUGGGAUUUCCAUUAAAAACCGACUUUCUGAUCGUUGACGAUUCAUUCUGUUACAUCUGUUUGUAAUUUGAAUGUCCUGUAAAUAUUUUUACAGUCAUAUUGAAGUUCAUUCACAUUGUGCACAUUAUCAACAUUAUUAUCACUUAGGCUUUAAUGGAAGUAAUGAAAAUAAGUGUAAUGUUCAAUAUAUGUGAGUGAACACACACACACACACACACACAC